CUCCCGCGUCGGGCCGGGGGGAGAUGCCGACCCAGAGGGACAGCAGCACCAUGUCGCACCCGAUCGCAGGCGGCGGCAGCGGGGACCAUGCCCACCAGGUCCGGGUCAAGACCUACUACCGCGGGGAUAUCAUGAUAAAACAUUUUGAACCUUCAAUUUCCUUUGAGGGCCUUUGCAAUGAGGUUCGAGAUAUGUGUUCUUUUGACAGUGAACAGCUUUUCACCAUGAAGUGGAUAGACGAGGAAGGAGACCCAUGCACAGUAUCUUCUCAGUUGGAGCUGGAGGAAGCCUUCAGGCUUUACGAGCUAAACAAGGAUUCUGAGCUCUUGAUCCAUGUAUUCCCUUGUGUGCCAGAACGUCCUGGAAUGCCCUGUCCAGGAGAAGAUAAAUCCAUCUACCGCAGAGGUGCACGCCGCUGGAGAAAGCUUUACUGUGCAAAUGGUCAUACCUUUCAGGCCAAGCGUUUCAACAGGCGUGCUCACUGUGCUAUCUGCACUGACCGAAUAUGGGGUCUCGGACGGCAGGGAUAUAAGUGUAUCAACUGCAAACUCCUGGUUCAUAAGAAGUGCCACAAACUGGUCACAAUUGAAUGUGGGCGGCAUUCUUUGCCACCGGAACCAAUGAUGCCAAUGGAUCAGUCAUCCAUGCAUUCUGACCAUGCACAGACAGUAAUUCCUUAUAAUCCAUCAAGUCAUGAGAGUUUGGACCAAGUUGGCGAAGAAAAGGAGGCUAUGAACACAAGGGAAAGUGGCAAAGCUUCAUCGAGUUUAGGUCUCCAGGAUUUCGAUUUGCUUCGGGUAAUAGGAAGAGGAAGUUAUGCCAAAGUACUGCUGGUGCGAUUGAAAAAAACAGAUCGUAUCUAUGCAAUGAAAGUUGUGAAAAAAGAGCUUGUCAAUGAUGACGAGGAUAUUGACUGGGUACAAACAGAAAAGCAUGUUUUUGAACAGGCAUCAAAUCAUCCUUUUCUUGUUGGACUACAUUCUUGCUUUCAGACAGAAAGCAGAUUGUUCUUUGUGAUAGAGUAUGUAAAUGGAGGAGAUCUAAUGUUUCAUAUGCAGCGACAAAGAAAACUUCCAGAAGAACAUGCCAGGUUUUACUCUGCAGAAAUCAGUCUGGCAUUAAAUUAUCUCCACGAACGAGGGAUAAUUUAUAGAGAUUUAAAAUUGGACAAUGUAUUGCUGGACUCUGAAGGACACAUUAAACUCACUGACUACGGCAUGUGUAAGGAAGGAUUGCGGCCAGGAGAUACGACCAGCACUUUCUGUGGUACUCCCAAUUACAUUGCUCCUGAAAUUUUAAGAGGAGAAGACUAUGGUUUCAGUGUGGACUGGUGGGCCCUUGGAGUGCUGAUGUUCGAGAUGAUGGCGGGAAGGUCACCGUUUGAUAUCGUUGGGAGUUCCGAUAAUCCUGAUCAAAACACAGAGGAUUAUCUUUUCCAAGUUAUAUUGGAAAAACAAAUUCGCAUACCACGUUCUCUCUCUGUAAAAGCUGCAAGUGUCCUGAAGAGCUUUCUCAACAAGGACCCAAAGGAACGAUUAGGAUGUCAUCCUCAAACAGGAUUUGCUGAUAUUCAAGGACAUCCAUUUUUCCGAAAUGUUGACUGGGACAUGAUGGAGCAAAAGCAGGUGGUACCUCCAUUUAAGCCAAAUAUUUCUGGGGAAUUUGGUUUGGACAACUUUGAUUCUCAGUUUACAAAUGAACCUGUCCAGCUUACUCCAGAUGAUGAUGACAUUGUGAGGAAGAUUGAUCAGUCUGAAUUUGAAGGUUUUGAGUAUAUCAAUCCUCUUUUGAUGUCUGCAGAAGAAUGUGUCUGAUCCUCAUUUUCAACUAUGCAUUUUGCUUGUCUCGCUCUUUAAUGCAUGGAUAAACUUUACGACCCUGGAUACAGUGAACCAUUUUAUAUUUGUCACCUAUAAAAAGCACUCAUUAUCUUCUACUGUUGACUAUAAGAGUCAAUUAGUACAUCUAAAUCUAACUGUGAAAAAAAUUAAAGAUAGUUUUCAGACAGCUAUGUCAGAAUUUAGUUACACUGGUAAUCCAGCAGCCUACUGAUGAGUAAUGAAAUUGUCUUUUUUUGUUCAAAGGAAAUACCACUGCUUUAAAAAAAAAAAGACUAUCUGUUGCAUUAAAGCAUAUACCAGGAUCACAUCAUGAACCUACCAUGAUUCUUGUUCUUCUCUGUUAAGUCAUUUAAGUGAAUUCAGUCAUUUGACUGACUCUUAAUUUUGGAAUAAAAGAUUAAUUCAAAAUAUAACAUCUUGUUAUGUUACCUAUUAGUUUUGGAUUCCUUGUGUUUAGAAAUUCAACUGGAAAUUUUUAUCAUUGCCUUGAAAAUGAUUGGUGUUUAAGACAACAGUUGUUAAAUUGGUACUAAAAUAUUUUGCUUAAGAAUUUGUGGAUACUGAAUUCCCUUGUGGAAAAAAGAUAGGCGCAUUUUUUUGUGAUUCAGAUUCCAAAUCAACAGCUUUUCUGUUUGAUAUAAGUGAUUUUUGUUUUUAAGGAGCUUUUGAGUUUUUCCUUUUAGCCAGAACUUUAUAACUAGAGUGUUAAUGAAUGGAGUUGCAUGGACCCAUGAUUGAUUGGAAUGUAUUUCGAUAGAAGUUUGAAAUAGAUACAGACAAGUGCAAUGGUAAUAUUUAUUUCUUGUUGGAAAAUAAACCCAACGUUUUUUGGGUUUUUUUUUUUUUGUGAUGUGACUUACAUGAGACACUCACUGUGUUAUCAAAAAUAGAGACUCAUUCCACUUAUCUGGAGAACGCAGAAUGUAUACUUUUCCUUCCUUAUAAUUUGGUACGUGGGGAAAUAACUUAUCGUCCAGAUAGUGUCUUAACUAGCUUGCUUUUUGCCCAGAAUCAUAUUAUUCAUAUUUUUAAACUCUUUUUUUGUGGACUUCAAUGAAAUUUAAGAAAAAUAACUUACAUUCAGGAUAUGUAUAUGCACAUCACAGUUCAAAUUGGUAUGUGAGAUUUUAUAAAUAGGUAAUACAUGUAAUACAGAGUAGAGUACAUUUCAAGGGCAAAGUUAUUCAGAUUAUAUUUUAUAAUAUUAGUGUUUAGCAAUUUAUUUAAAAGGAUGAGAGAUGUCAUCCUUCUCACUUAUUUUAAAUAUUUUUUUAUGCAAAGGGAUUUAAAACAUAACCAUGAUCUUCUAAAUUAAUUACGCCAUGUAAUCUUAGCAAAAUUUAUUUUGGGGGAAACUAGUUUUACUUAAAUUUAGACUCACUUAAACCUCUAGGCAUUUAAUAAAUUAUUUUCUUUCCUAAGGGGGUGCUACAUUUCAUUUGAAAUGUAAUUUUUUUCAAAUCUUCUGGCCACAUGCUCUCUCCAAAUAGUUAAGUCUGUGAGCUAGAAAAACCUCAGUGGAAAAUGUUUAUAUUUCCUGCUUAUUUCAGAGAUAUAUGUUUCUCUUAAUACCUGAAACUUAUUUUAAAACAAAAAGCAGUACUUUGGGUCAUAAACUUAUAGAAAAAUUGAUUAUCAGUGUCAGAAAUAUGUUUAUGAUCUUGCUUUUAAGUGGUGCUGUUUUCCCUCGGACAUUAGUUCUCAGAUUUUUGGUUUUUUGUGGGGCCAUACUUAGUGAUGCUCAGGGGUUAUUCCUGGCUCUGCACUUAGGAAUUAUUCCUAGUGGUCCUCAGGGAACCAUAUGGGAUGCUGGGGAUCAAACCUGGGUUGACCGUGUGCAAGGCAAGUGCCCUGUUCUCUGUACUAUCGCUCUGGCCCAAGUUCUCAAAUUUAGAAUGUGACCCUAUCACCUAAAAAGUUUGUUUAAAACGCGUAUUACUGGGCUAACUUUAGAAUUCUGUUGGAUCAUUGGGCAUCCUUUUGAGAAACACUUUAAAUUAUUUUUCUUUUGUCCAAUAGUUAGAUUUUAGAAAUAUUCAUUUGAGAUGGAGUGUCAGUGAGUUACUGUUCUUACCUAUAAUUUCAAUUUUAGAUAAAUGUUGAGCUAAAGGCUUCAAAUUAGAUAUCUUCUCCAAAAAUUCAUCAGUUUUCUACCAAUAGUAUUACAAAUGAUAAACAUUUUUCUAUGAUGGGGUUUUAGCCAUUAUUCAGGGUGGUCUUUUGUUUUAAAAUCUUUUUUUAAAAGAACUAAUAAGAUUUACUAUGUGUAUUUUAUACGGAAUUGGAUUACAAAUGUUUUUACUUGUGUUCUGUUUUUAUAGUCUUGAAGCUCCAUGCCUGUUCUUUUUUAUGUUAUGUAAAAGUUCUUUCCAAAUACUCACCAGGGGAAUAAGGUAGUUCGUUGGCAGAAUGAUGACGAUUUUUGUGUUCUCAGAAAAACAUUAUUUUGCAUAAAGCAUAUGGUCAGAUCAUUUUAUGUAUAUGCAGCCUGAAUUGGAUGCCAGGUAUUAAGCUUGUUUAUACCUGUUCAUUUUACCUAAAGGGAAAAAAAAAAACCUUUUCUUU